UAAGCAGAGACACAACCACUAAUAUUUUUAUUGUAUCAUUAUCUUUCUUUCCUCUCUCUGUUGGCUCAACUGAGCUCACACAAACAACGCAUGCUCUAAGGAACCAACAAUGGCAACGUUUCUUCUUCUCCCAUCACCUUCUUGUGCUUCUUCUUCACUGGGCAACAAGGGGAGUUAUAGAUUUUGUUGUAGUCUUGCUUCAAUUCACACACGUAAAUCCAGAGAGUUCAGAGUUAGAGCUGUUAAAGAGAAAACUGAGGAAAUCAAAAGCACCUCAAAGACAUCUUCACCUGAGGAUGUCACUAAGAAGUAUGGUCUUGAAGCUGGUCUUUGGAAGAUUUUUAGCUCAAAGGAAGAAGGGGAGGAACAAAAGAAAUCUAAAGGGGAUCAAGCCAAGGAGUUGCUGGCAAAAUAUGGAGGAGCAUACCUGGUCACCUCCAUUACUCUGUCAUUGAUUUCUUUCGGUCUUUGUUACGCACUAAUCAAUGCUGGGGUAGAUGUUCAAAGUUUGCUUCAGAAGGUAGGAAUCAAUACAGAUGCAAACGGUGAAAAGGUUGGUACCUUUGCUUUGGCAUAUGCUGCACAUAAAGCUGCAUCACCAAUUAGGUUUCCACCCACAGUAGCUCUUACCACAAUUGUAGCUGGUUGGAUUGGAAAGAAAGCUGAGAAAGAUAAGUAGCUAAUAGUGGUACCAUCAAACACCAGUGUUUUUGUUGUAGUAUACUACUUGUAAUAUAUUCUCAUUUCCAUUGCCAGAGGAACAUUAUUUCCACUCUCGUGGACAUGUAAAUCCAUUUUACUGUCAACAAUAGCUAAAGUGAUGUUAAAUUAUAAACAGUCUUUAACUACCAA